UCCCGGCAGUGCAUCCCCAUCCCCCACACUGUGGCCGUCUCUCCGGGUGAAAGCUGUCUUCCCAGCGCCACUGGCCCGACAAAACGCUGCUGUAGCAGAGCCAGUCCGCACCGACCCGAGGCAGCACACUCACACGGGAGAGAGCACGUACACAUUCGGGGAAUCUUUCCUUUUUUCCCUUCCGUGAUCGACCGAGUAGCUUUGAUUUGCAUAUCCACUUCCACUCCUUCCUCAUUUGCAUACAGCAAGAAUGGCGAGCGGGCAUCCCACAGACAAAUUCAGUUUCAUGUAUCAACCAGACACGCACAAGAGUAAGAACAGGUUAUCUUCAGCUAUGAAUCCAGUCUACAGCCCUGUCCAGCCUGGAACCCCAUAUGGAAACCCCAAGAAUAUGGCCUUCACAGGCUAUCCAGGAGGGUAUCCUGCUACAGCUCCUACCUACACCAACCUGUACCAAACAGGCAGUCCUGGGUAUCCACCAGGAUAUACUCCAGCAGGAACUCCAUACAAAGUGCCCCCCACUCAGUCAAAUGGAGCCCCUCCUCCUUAUACUCCGACCCCUACCCCGUACCCGACAGCUAUGUACCCCAUCCGCAGUGCCUACCCUCAGCAGAACCUAUACACACAGGGAGCGUACUACACCCAGCCAGUGUUUGCUGCUCAGCCACAUGUGAUCCAUCACACCACCGUGGUGCAGCCUAACAGCAUCCCCUCCACAGCCCUCUACCCGGCCCCUGUUCCCGUACCUGCUCCUCGCAACAACGGCAUGGCUGCCAUGGGGAUGGUAGCUGGGACAACCAUGGCCAUGAGCGCAGGGACUCUGCUGACAACGCCACAACACCCCCCAAUUGGAGCACACCCAGUUACUGUGCCAACCUACAGGCCCCAAGGGACACCUGGGUACAGCUACGUACCGCCUCACUGGUAGAGCCCAUCCAUCAUAUCUGGAGUCCACCAUCGUAUGCAACUGCUCGAAUCUUACCGCGAGCUCCCGUCAGUAAUCACGGGAACUCUGCAUCUGUCUGCAAGAACAAAACUAAAGUGCAACAGCCACUUUACUAUCAUUGUUAUUAUGCGACAUUCUCUAACGUUUUUACAAAAGCUGCUUUUUCUUUGUUUUCUUUUUCUUUUUUCCUUUUCAUCUGCCAACCAAUCAUUAUCUUAUUUUGUAUGGUUAUUUUAUUUCAUUUCCUCAUUUUUCUUUGCUGUGUCUGUCAUUGGAACUCCAGAAGGACUCUUGACCAAUCACGGGUGUCGAGCGCUCCUGUUACUGUGUUGUGCUGGUGUGUGUGUGUGCGUGCGUGUGUGUGAGUGAGUGUGCGUGUUUCUGCCUGCUGCAACUCAGCUGGCUGGAGAAUAUUGGGCACUUAUUCUUCAUCAUCUCCAUCGGUCACAAAGACUUAUUGACUUAUGCUGCCAAAUUUUUUAAUGACUAGAUAUCAGCACAGGGUUUCAACACAACUAGGAUUUUAGUUUUACAGAUUGUUGAUUUUUAAUGUUCCUUCUUUUUGCCACACUCAGAUGAGUUACCUUACUUUGCAGUCUCUCCCCCCAAAUUCUUCCUCAUCCUUUUUCAGUUUGAUCUCGGUCGUCUUCCAGUGUAGCUGUGUCCAGCAGUAGUCAGUUUGUCAUCCCGGUUGUUACGUCUCCAUGGGAGUGCUAUGAGCACUGACCAGCCAUCACCUGUAAUGCUACGCGUCACAUUUUUCGUCCGCUUUAGCAUUGUACCUAGUACAAACAUCAUGCUACAUACUAUGCAGGCUGGUAUGUUGUGACACUAUCAAAAUUUUAUCCUAGCUAUAGAGGACGUUCCUGGGUGGUUUGGGUCAUGUCAGCUUUUUUCUGUGGUUAGAGUAGGUAAGUACAUUUAAAACCUUAAAAAAUACAGCUAUACUAACUGUGACAACAGCUUGGAUGGUCGUGCACACUUUCUGACACACACACACACACACACACACACACACACAGGGGCUCCUGUUGUGUUUUGGGAAACACCGUCACUUAGUGGCGCUUAUUGUACAGUACCUCCAGUUAUGUUUUAGCUGGUGUACACGCACACUCACGCACACGCGCGCGCACACACACACACAUACACACAUAUAUGGAUUUCUGGGGUGUGCAUGGGAGACACAGCCAGCAGUGAUGGAGUUUAAAGGGAUUGGUGGUGAUGUCGGAGGAGAGCCGGAAGGAAUGAGGACAGUAGACAAGAUGACAUAUUCACAGCUGUCAUCUUAAGGUACAAGAGAUUUAAGUUUGUUACAUCUCGCCUGCAAGGAGGUGCACAAACAGACGGCUCUUUUGUGCUGUAUGUGAUGCACAUUGAUUUUUCUCACUGUGAAUAUAUCAUCUCGUCCUCCUCCUUCCAUUUUCCAGACGAGGACUAAUAACCAAACGGCCUGCAGAUGAGAGCCCAGACUAUUGAAU